AUGAAUAUCAUCAAGUUACAGCGAAAGUUCCCCAUCUUAACCCAGGAAGACAUCUUCCAAAUGGUAGAAAAAUUCAGAGAAAUUGACCUCGAGGACAACGGAUGGGUGGAAAAGGGCCAGCUGUUGGCAGCCGUGUCGAAGUCAGGCGAGGCGUCGUACGACGAGGCCAGAGAAACACUCAAACAGGUGGGUGUAGAUGCAUCGGGUCGUGUGGAACUCGAAGACUACGUCGAGCUUAUUGCCAAGCUCAAAGACGCCAGGGCUGGUCCGCCACCAGCAACCUCUUUCCAAACUGGCGCUGCACCAGCGAAUGUCCCAGUAACGCCAGCGUUUGCUGGACUACAGCACAAGGGCUCGGGUGCACAAGCAAAGAUUAUCGUGGGUGGCUCUACCACCAGCAGUACGCAUACCAUCAACGAAGAAGAGAGAACUGAGUUCACAAAACACAUCAAUAGCGUCCUGGCUGGCGACGCAGAAAUCGGCUACAAACUGCCCUUUGCAACCGACACAUUCCAGCUGUUCGACGAGUGUAGAGAUGGGCUGGUGCUGUCCAAAUUGAUCAAUGACUCGGUUCCAGACACCAUCGACACCAGAGUGUUGAAUUGGCCCAAAAACGGGAAGCGUCUCAACAACUUCACCGCGAGCGAAAACGCCAACAUUGUCAUCAACUCUGCAAAGGCUAUUGGGUGUGUUGUUGUCAACGUGCAUUCGGAAGACAUUAUCGAGGGUAAAGAGCAUUUGAUCUUGGGUCUUAUUUGGCAGAUUAUUCGUAGGGGACUGCUGAGCAAAAUCGACAUUAAACAUCAUCCAGAGCUGUACCGCUUGCUUGAAGAUGACGAGACCCUCGAACAAUUUUUGAGACUCCCACCAGAGCAAAUUCUGCUUCGUUGGUUCAACUACCAUUUGAAACAGGCAGGCUGGGAGAGAAGAGUGACUAAUUUCUCCAAAGACGUGUCUGACGCGGAAAACUACACAAUUCUUCUAAACCAAUUGGCGCCAGAGUUGUGCUCUCGUGCACCUCUACAAACUACGGACCUAUUGCAAAGAGCCGAACAAGUACUCCAGAACUCGGAGAAGCUAGACUGCAGAAAAUACCUAACUCCCAGCUCUUUGGUUGCCGGUAAUCCUAAGUUAAACUUGGCUUUCGUCGCACACUUGUUCAAUACACACCCAGGGUUGCAACCAAUUGAAGAAUCUGAAAAACCCGAGAUCGAGGAGUUUGAUGCUGAAGGUGAGAGAGAAGCUCGUGUUUUUACUCUAUGGCUAAAUUCCUUAGAUGUCGACCCUGCUGUGGUUUCUUUGUUCGAGGACUUGAAGGAUGGCCUAAUUUUAUUACAGGCUUACGAUAAAGUAAUGCCAGGGGCCGUUGAACAAAGAGUCGUCAAUAAACGCCCUACAUCAGGUAAUGAGCUGUCCAGAUUUAAGGCUUUGGAGAACACGAACUAUGCCGUCGAACUCGGAAAGUCCCGUGGGUUUUCUUUGGUUGGUAUCGAGGGUUCUGACAUCACUGAUGGUAACAAGUUGCUCACGCUUGGUCUGGUAUGGCAGUUGAUGAGAAGAAACAUUGUAAACACUAUGAAAACGCUGGCCGCUAACGGUAAGGAGCUGAGCGAUGCGCAAAUUCUAAAAUGGGCCCAGGAGCAAGUCACCAAGGGCGGCAAAUCCUCGCACGUUAGAUCCUUUGGCGACUCUGCUUUGUCCAGUGGUCAUUUCCUCUUGGACGUGUUGAAUGGAAUCGCUCCUGGCUACGUCGAUUACGACUUAGUGACCCCCGGUAAGACGGACGAUGACAGAUACGCAAACGCUAGAUUGGCUAUUUCCAUUGCCAGAAAGUUGGGCGCUCUAAUCUGGCUAGUACCUGAGGAUAUCAACGAAGUACGGUCCAGAUUGAUCCUAACCUUCGUUGCCUCUUUGAUGGCCUUAAAACAUUGA